AUGGCUCAGCAUCCACUCAAUGAUGUCGAAAUAAACAGAAUAUUAAGUAUUGGUGAGGACAGUGAAGAUGGAUUCGAAAAUAACAACAAUAGCAUAGCUAAUCCUGGAAUGGAAAAUAUUUUACUGCCAGGAGAGCCUAUUUUAGGUGCAUCUUCAAAUGUUGUCAUUCGAAUGGCACGAGAUACACCAUGUCAUCAAAAUUACAGACUAUACUAUGAUAAUUAUUUUAUCUCCCUGCCAUUGCUUGAAUAUUUAGCAAAACAAGGUAUACUGAGUAUACUGAGUGGCACUAUACACCGAAACAGGAUACCUGACUGCAAGCUACCAAAGGAGAAAGAAAUGUCCAAAAAAGUUAGAGGCUAUUCUGUAGAAUAUGGUAUAGAUGUGGCUACAGUGGCCUGGAAGUAUAAUGAAGUUAUCAAUUUAGCUUCAAGUUUCGCAGGUGAAAUUUCCGAAGAUAAAGUUCAAAGGUAUGACAGCAAAAAUAAAAGAUAUGUCAAUAUUGAUUGUCCAAAUAUUGUUAGAGAAUACAACCGCCACAUGCGUGGCGUGGACCUUAUUGAUAGCAUCAUGGGCAGCUUAAAGAAGCACCGAAAAACAGAAGCUGAAAUUCAAACAAAGCACCACAAGGGGAAAACUCAACAUGUUCCAACAAUGGCCAUUAGACAAGACCAAGUACGCCACUGGCCUAUUUGGGAAGAAAAAGAAUAUGUUAUGAAUUUCCAAACUGUUUUGGCAUGUCCCAAACAGUUUGUGAGAAAUGUGGCAUAG